CGGCAAGUGUAUGGAGGAACUUCUGGAAGUCCCGUUAUACGAACAGACAGUCGGUUCCUUUAUCCACGAUCAAGAUGGAUCACCGCUUCUCAAACAACGAGUUUCUAUAAGACUGCAUCUUAUAGUGUAUAUAAGAUGCAGUCUAUGGGUUAGGAGGACCAUGUGACAUUUUCAGAGUCAUCGUCCUGUCUUCAGCGGACACGCGUCAACAAAAAUAAAAAUAAAUAUUCGUAUUUGGAAGUUAAUUUGUUGGGUUAUUAUUUUGUUCGUGAAAAUGAAUCAAAAACUCGCUCAUAUAUAAAAUAUUACACGAAUACACUUCGGACUAAAACGUUUUCUGACUCGUACGCCCACAAAGCCGGAUAUACGCACAAGUGAGUCAUCUUACUUCCGUUAGUAGCUCUUCGGACCUUUAAUUUUCGUUCUACCCAGCUGCUAGUCUCUACUAACACCCGGCGUCGGUUGUGCUCGAUUUAUUUAAUUUUUUGUUAUUUGGAGGUUUUUGUCCAUCUGUAGGUGCUGAAUACGCAAAUUUUGAUGGGGUUUCCCUUAGUUUGGUGCGUUAUCAGCGCAGAGCGGAAGUUCGCCUUUCGAGCUUUUUGGUUAGCUGACGUUAACGUUGCCAAACGUUAGAUUAGCUAACUUUGCUAACGCGUGCUAUUGUGAAGAAAGUAGGAUUAACUACUCUGUUUGCAAAUGUCCUACAGUAGACUUUUACUGAUACAGUCGUUUGUUACAGCUGUCUGGCUAAGUAAAGUUUGGAAACGCCUGAAAGCUAAACAGUCAUUCAGCACUCCUGCUUGAGUCUUCAAACAGCCAGCCUACAUCGCCGACCGAAAUGAUGGAUUUUGAUAACAUAUUGAACAUCGCCUCACAAAACCAGGGCCUCAGCAGUGUACAGAAGAGAUACAGUUUACAAGCUGGACCCCCGAAAAAGGACCCAAAGUCAAAGGGUGUAAAUCCUGCUGCUGUGCAGGCACUUCUGAAGAAGCAAGUCACUGAAAACAAAAAGAAAGAAUGGGAAAUGAAGAAACAGAAAGAGGAGCUAUUAGCCAAGAGGGUUGAGUUAAAGUCAGACCGUAAAGCGCGUGCCAUGGCCUCCCGAACUAAGGAUAACUUCAAAGGCUACAAUGGUGUCCCAGUGGUAGAGGUUCCCAAAAAGAGGAGAUCAAAACAUGAUAUGCAGGAAGAUGACUUGAAUGGGGGAAGUUUUAGGAAUAAUACAAUUGACCCAGAGGAUGAUGAGGACAACUACGAGUAUGAACAGACAGAUUCAGAGCCAGAGUCCGAGCCCGAGCCACUGAGGCCUGGAAGAAUAGCGGGUAAUAGUAGCAGUAGUAGUGGCAAAACCUCUUCUAAAAAAAACAAUGGGCCAUCCAAGCCCCCUGCACCUUCCAUGAACUUUGCUGACUUGCUCAAAUUGGCAGAAAAGAAACAGUUUGAACCAGUUGAUCUAAAACCCAAAGUAGUGAAAAAGGAGGAAAGGCUGCGCACAGCAGAUGAGAUAAAGGAACUGGAGAUUGAGCGCAAGGCUAAGAAACAAGAUAAAAACUCAAAGGCAGACAGAGGAAGAGAUGGGAAGUCUCAGUCUGGUUAUAGUUCAAGUCAAAAAAAUACUUUUGAGAGGGAACAGAAGAACAGCAGACCACAAAAGAUCUGCUUAGAAAAACAAAGUGUGCCCAGUGGGUCAAUAAAGAAGUCACAACCAACAGUAUUUAAUGAUACAGGCCUCUCUUUUUCCAAACUCUCUGGUAGUGAUAGAGAAAGAGAAAGAACCAAGCUGUCUUGCAGUGAUAAAGAAAAAUCCAAGACAAGCUUGUCUAAUUCAUCAGGUGUCAUAAACAGUAAAGUACCUUCAAAAGCCAUGUCAUCUCAGGUUUUAGCCAAACAAGGGGCCCCAAAGCCCUCGUCUAGCCACAAAUCCAGCACCUUAAGUGACCUUAGCUUCAGAAGAGAAAGCUCGUCAUUACUUCAAGGAAAAGUUUCAGGUAUUCCUGGGAACAGGCCUUCUGGUACAGCUGGCACAGGCCAGAAGUCCAAACAGGUGAGUUCUCAACAGAUUAAGCCUAGUCAGGGUAGCUCCUCAAAGCAGGGACCCACAAAUGGAGACCCCAAGUUCGGAAGGGGAGAACCACCACGGUCUGGAAUGAAUUCUGCAGCAAAAUCAGGUGGAAAUUCAGUGAUGAGACCUUCUUUGAGUGGCCCCCCUAAGGCUGGGAGCCAGCCUCAGUCAAAAACUGGAGGAACAUCUGGUAGUGUGCCAAAGGCCAGGCCUGGUGGUAGUGGCCUUCAAGGUCAUCCUGGAAGUAUUGUAUCCCGACCUCAAGGAAGUGGACCAGGUCGGCCUGGCAGUGGAGGACUUGUACCAGGAAGACCAACUAGCAGUAGUGGAUUAGGACCUGGAAGACCAAAGUGCACUGUAGUGUCAGAGACCAUCUCAUCCAAGAAUGUUGGUGGACCCAGGCCAGGCAUGCCACCUCGGCCGGGGAUGCAAGGCAUGCCACCUCGGCCGGGGAUGCAAGGCAUGCCACCUCGGCCGGGGAUGCCAGCUCGGCCGGGGAUGCCACCUCGGCCGGGGAUGCCACAGAGACCUAUGAUGAACAGACCACCAGGACCGAUGCUGCCACCUAUCACAUCUGCAUACAAGAGGAAAUAUGAGGAUGAGGAAGAUGAGUAUGACUCAGAAAUGGAUGAUUUUAUUGAUGAUGGAGGUGAGGUGCAGGAGGAAAUUUCUAAGCACAUAAAGGAAAUCUUUGGCUAUGAUCGAAGCAGAUACAGAGAUGAGAGUGACUAUGCACUAAAAUUCAUGGAGAGCAGCUGGAAAGAUUUGCAGAAAGAAGAAGCUAGGAGCCUGAGAAUGGCUGUGCAGGAGGAUCUGGAGGAGGAAAGAAGGGAGGAAGAAGAGCUGAAAAGAAAAAACGUCAAGAGGAAAAAAAUGAACUGAGGCCUCAUUGUCGUUGAGAGAAAUAAAAUAAGAUCAUUUUCUUCAUUUUGCUGAGAGAUGCGACAAAGGGAUAUACAAAACCCAGUGACUGUCCACUUUGGGUGCUUUGUCAUCGCUUCUCUCCCUGAGAUUAGAUAAAACCUAGCAGCAUCUCAAGAAAACUGGAGAGGAAGAAUUUUAGUAAAAGAAGGCUUAAAAAAGACAAUAUGCACAAAUUAUUCAGGCACUAGGAUUAAAGUUCUCACAUUGUCCUUUCUUAUUUAUUUUACCUGCUGAGUGCAGGGAUACCUACAGUCCCAUCUGUUUAAAAAAACAAACAAAAAAGAUUGGCAUCAACAACUACAGUAAUGGAAAAGUGUGAUUGAUUUCUUUCUUUCUUCUUUCUUUUUCCUCUUUUUAAAAAAAACAAACAAAACAAAACAAAACGCUAACAUGAAAUGUUAUAUAAAUGAUGACAUGCUAUUUUUGAGGCGAAGUUGUUGCAUAUUUUUCCAGACUUUUAUUGUAAACUCACUAAGAUGUAGACGACAUUACCAUUUGAUACUUUGUUUUAUCUUUGCAAGGAUCUGACUGACAAUAAUGCAUUAAGGCUUUUGUUUAGUUUUAUGUCUGCAUUUUCAGAGUAUGACAAUCUAAAGCUUUUUUUGGACUGCAAAUGCAAUGCAGCAGGUAGUCAAUGUUUUGCUUUGUAUUUCUGUGGAAGAGAGAGCAAAAACGAUUUCCUUCCCUAAA